CUGGCCAUGAUGCUAUGGUUGGUGGUCGGUGCCCUCUGCCCCUCGCUGCUGCUGGCAGCUCCGCCCCCCAUCAACAAGCUGGCUCUCUUCCCGGACAAGAGCGCCUGGUGCGAGGCCAAGAACAUCACCCAGAUCGUGGGGCACAGCGGCUGCGAGUCCAAGUCCAUCCAGAACAGGGCCUGUCUGGGACAGUGUUUCAGCUACAGCGUCCCCAACACCUUCCCCCAGUCCACGGAGUCCCUGGUUCACUGCGACUCCUGCAUGCCAGCCCAGUCCAUGUGGGAGAUCGUGA